AUGACAGAGCGUGGGCUCGCUGUUUGGAGUGGCCAAGCCAUCCAAGAAAACGACGUGAUAGAAUCCGUCAAGUUGGCAUGCAGUGGACGUGAUGUGAUAGUCGGCCUAGCGCCCAACCCUGGGACCCCACUAGCUCGUCUACCGGGUUUCUUCCAGCGCGACCUACGCAUGAGGCUCUUCCACAAUGCGCAAGAGGCCCCGCAAGCGCGAGGAAAUGUUGACAACGGACUCCAGACGUUCUUGGCGGAUGUAUCUCGUGAUCCGAUGAUCCUGGACCAAUCGGAGAGUUACGCCCUAUUAAGAGACGAGCUGGGUCGCAAGAUUGUUUCAUUUCUCUUCAAGCCGGACGAAGAAAUAGAUACAGCCAAGUCAGUGGCAGCUAUGGGAAUUGACUCACUUGUGGUAAUUGAGAUUCGCAACUGGUGGACUCAGGCCUUGGGACUGGAGAUAAGCGUGAUGGAGUUUAUGAAUGCAGGGAACAUCGAGGGGUUGGCGCAUGUCGCGUUGAAAGACUUGAAAGCCAAGUUCCAACCAAACCAGACACAGACAAUACCUUGA